AUGGCCAUACCUAUGGAUAUGGCUGCUUUGUUGGGUUUGUUUCUGGACACCUUGUUAUAUGGCGUGUUCUUUACUUUAUACUGUUUCACGUUGUUCAUCCUGCUCAAGAAGACCGGCAUUAAACGACAACUCCUUCUCCCAGUGGCAACCUUGCUGCUCUGCAUUGCAACGGCCCAUCUAAUCAUCGAUUUCGUUCGAGGUCUAGAUGCAUUCAUAUUCAAGGUGGAUACGAUUGGUGCAAGUGACUACUAUGCCAACUUUGCUUCACCAUUGUUUGUUGCAUCAACGGCACUUUGCAUCACGCAAACCAUUCUCGCCGAUGCAAUAGUUGUUUGGCGAUGCUAUAUGCUCAACGACAGAAGUCUGUUAGUUGCCAUUCCUGGCUGUAUCAUACUCUUAGCCAGCAUAGCCACUGGAUUCUAUGGUAUCGGGUCCCUUUCUCAGGCCCAUCCGCUGUCUAAUAUCUCCCUCGCUGACUAUGGGUGUAUCGCCACAUUCGAUACAUUAACCAUGAUUCUCAGUAUUACCAGUACCAGUUUGAAUGCUUGGCGCAUCUAUCGCACUCGCUAUUUUGUGCCAGAGGGCUUUGCCGCCUUUCUACCCGUUUUUGUUGUCAUCAUCGAGAGCGGCGCUUUUUAUUCUAUGAGUAUCCUUGUACUCCUUUUAACGUUCUUCAUUGGAUCCAACGCCCAAUAUACCAUGCUGGCCAUUAUCACACCCAUCGUGGGGAUCACAUUCUGCCUCAUCAUUCUGCAAGUUCACUUCGAUGUAGAUGGAAACUCGCCGGCAGAAAAGUUAACUGAAGCAAGAGGUACUCUCACGAGCCUCUUCCGAGGGCAAGAUGUACGAGAGGGCUUCAGUAUGGAGCCGAUGACUGUGCAUAUCACAGAGGAGUCAGCUUUCUCUGAAUAA